AUGAAAGCUGUUGCCAGGGAACCAGAUGCCACGAACAGGCCACUUCAGCCGCGUAAGAAUAUAAGCAUGCAAGCCUGGGAUUGCUGGAGGUGUAGUCAGGGAGGAGACAUGCUCGGUCUCUCUCUCCUGAGCCGGGGACACGGGAAGUUGGUCCAGGACAAACAGAAGUUGGAAGUCUAUUUUGAACCAGAGGACUAUCUGAACUGGAAGUCCCCGGAAGACUAUGUCCUGGUCAGCAAACCCCAGAAUGGAGACAGUGCCAGCCAGCACUCCUGGAGCCUCUUUCUUCCUAAGACUUUCAGCACAAGGAAGGGGGCGCUGAUCCUGUACUCAGAGGGGUUAGCUGUGUCAGCAUGGACACCCAAAGAGAGGAGAAGAGGUCACCGGAAGAAGCCAGACCUUGAACUGCACACGCUUCAAGACCUCAAAGAAGCCAUCUUGGCUUAUGGAAGGAGACAGAAGGAGCAGGACAGAGCCUGGCAACCUUACCUCUACUUCCGAAGCAAGCCAGAGAGCCAGACUCUACGGCAGAUCCAGCCUGGGUAUUCAGCCAAGAGAUAUCUCCGAGGCCUUUUGCGGACAUGGCCCCCAGAUACCAUGUACAGACUUCAGUGCGCAGGACACAUCAAGGAUUCCAUGUUGCUCCAGGGCAGUCAGCUUGGGAUACCCAAGAAUCUCAGGCCGCAGCAGGAUCUCUCGGGUGUUCCCCGAAAAUACCAUCUCCUGCCUGUCUACCCUCCGUUUUGGAUUCAACAAAGACCAUCUUAUGAACAAGGUCUCUCAGAAGCUGGCACAGAUGCUCAUGUGGACCAGGGCUCUGCCGCCCAGAACCACAACAAUCCAUGGACCCACCCAACACCACUCAGGAAGCAGUCACAGCAGGAAGAUGAACUCCAGGCCGAGGAAGCACUGAUAGAGAGCCACCUCCAUGUCCAUGCUCCAGAGGAAAGUCGCAAUGAAAAGACACAGCCAGCCUCCAGGAAGGCCCUUGGGCGUGCCCACAUCAGUCACCUCCAGCUUCCUAGCGACAAAGACCUCUUCACCGUCUACAGCGGUGCCUUCCCAGAUAAUCAAGGGAACACACAACCCCACAAGACCAGAGGCAGCUGCUUGUCCCAGGAGCCUCCUGUUAGAGGGUGCCUUUUUCCUCCUAUACCAUCUGCCAUGGGCUCAGAACAAAGAGCCCUUGGGGAAACAAAGAAAAAAAAGGCGCCAAACGCUCUGAAAUUACCUCCUAUUUCAGAAGAAUCACCCAGAGUCUUCAACCCCCUGAGGAGCCGUUUUAAAGCCAAUGAACCCCCAAUGGAGCUCUUCAUUAUUCCAAUGGAGAUUCAUUUCCAUGUCCCCCAGGCCUCCAAAGAAAAGGCCUGCGGGAGAGGUGCUCAGCACCCUGAAUCCGAUCCAGAACCAGAAGAAGCCACAACUUUAUGGCGGCCUCCCCUGAAGCGUCUGUACUUAGAAAGGCCCAGGGGGAUAACUGUGCAUCUCCCAGUGGCCAGUGGCCAGGACACACCCUCACUUCAAGGAGAUGGUGAUAUCCUGGUCCAGAGCGAGGACCAACCAGCGGGUCUCCCACUCCCAAUUAAAGAACGCAAAAGUUCAAAGAUCCAGAGGGACAUGGACAGCCCCAGGACCUCAGGCUGCAGCAGUCCCACAGGUGACCCAAGUGAGAGAGCACUGCCAGAAAAACCAGAAAACUCCAGAGAUCCCACACUGGGACACUUCUUGCUGAGUACGGAUGGUGAAAACUCCCGCCAGUCUCUCGUGAGGCGCACAGGAGCAGAGGUGCUCCCACUAGGACAAGCAAACACCGAAUCCAGAGCCAAUCUCCAUCGAAAUCCUUAUGAAACCUCCUCACCUCUGACUCAAGCAACAGAGAAGCAGGAACAUGGAGAUGAAACUGACUACCACGAAGAACCAGGAGGACCCCACAGAGGGAAUGACAAAGACAGCCAAGACCCAGAGUCAAGGGAUGUGACUCUUGACCGCUUCAGUACUCUCGUGGAUGAGUACAACCAGACCCCUGAGGCUGACACUGUGAAAAGCACGGACAGGGAUCUGCAUGGAGGACUACUAGAACAUGAGCCUGCAUCCCCAGAGAAGCUGGGGUCUGAGACUGCAUCUCUUCUUCCAAGGAAAAAAAAUAAGAAAAUGAAACCGAAACCCAAAUCGUUCGGCCAGCAGACCUCAGCUGCCGCCAGUCACGUGAGUGUGAAAAUAGAGAAUCUGGUCCAGAAACCCUGCCUGGACCCCUCCAAGGCUCCACGACCUGUACUGCGUCCCAGACUGCAUCUUCUUGUGAAACCCUCCGAAACUACAAAGCAGGGAAAGGAUUUGGUUGACAAGGCGAAGAGGAAGAAAAGAACCAAGACAAACGAGGACAGAGGACCCAAAACAGAGAGAGAAGGAAGGGUCUUGGGGCAUGCAGAGGCUGCUGGAGGAAAGUCAAAGGAUUCAAGAACUGAAAAGAAAUCAGAGCUAAUUCCGAGAGAAAAGAAACUGAGAAUCAAAGUGAAAAGGACACGGAAAGAGAGGAACGCGGGAAUGGCGGAAGAGCUGAGUGAGCCUGACGUUGCCAAGGAAGCAGGUGGUACCUCAGAGAAAGGUCUUCUCCGUCCACACUCUGCCACCGAGGACCCUUGGCUUUCUCCUGAAUCGGACGCGCUGGAGAGCCAGGUUUUUAUAGACGGAAGAUUGUCACACACACAGGCAACGGGUGUCACUAACAACAUGGAAUCUGAAAAAGAGAGAAGCCCUGAAGACCCUUUCAAGGCCCUCCUGGAUAAGGCUUCUCGGGACAGGAUUCGCCUAGAGAGGGCAGAGAUGAGGCUGCUGGAGGUGGAGCGCAAGAGAAGGGAGCAGGAAGAGCUGGCCAGGCUCCAUAAGGAGCAGCUGGAGAGAGCAGAGAAGAUGAAGGAGGAGCUGGAACUGGAGCAGCAGAGGCGCGCUGAGGAGAUCCGCCUGAGGAAGCAGAGGCUGGAGGAAGAGCGGCAGCGGCAGGAGGAAGAGGAGAGGAAGAGGAGGCGCCAGCUGCAGGCGGCCCAGGAGAGAGCCCGGCAGCAGCAAGAGGAGCUCCGGAGGAAACUACAAGAACUGCAGAGAAAAAGGCAGCAGGAGGAGAUGGAGAGGGCUGAGGCGGAGAAGCAACGGCAGAGAGAACUGGAAAUGCAGUUGGCAGAAGAACAGAAACGCCUGAUGGAAAUGGCUGAAGAAGAACGGCUGGAGUACCAGUGGCAGAAACUGGAAGCAGAAGAGAAGGCUCGGCAGGAGGCUGAGGAAAAGAGGCAACGGGAAGAGGCAGCGGCAAGGCUGGCUCUGGAGGAAGCCAUGAAACUUGCCCAGGAGCAAGACAGGCAAAAAGCAGCUUUAGAGAAACAGCUUCGUUUUCAUCAAGAACUCUUAAAGGAAGCCAGCGGUCUGCAGUGGACACAGAACAUUUCCAGACCAUGGGUCUACUCAUAUUUCCAGUUCCUGCAAAUCCCCAAGCCAUAAGGCUAGAAGAAAACAAAAAAGUAAGUUGAGAA